AUGUCAUUCAUUGUCGCAUAUCGCAGGCCCAAGGCGAAACUUGAACGCCCACGGAGCAAUAGCUCUCCUGCUCAGAGCGACUCUCCGGGCCCUCUUUCUAGAGCGAAGAAUGUCAUGCUAUUGACUUACGACGAUUUACCAGAUUGGUAUCGAGACAACAAGUUCACGAGGUCAGGCUAUCGACCCGCUUCAAAUUCGUGGCACACUUGCGCCCAGUCUCUGGGCCAUCUUCACAACGAAACCGUCAAUAUCUAUACACAUCUCAUUCCAGCUAUCUGCCUGUUGUUUGGGCAGGUAGCAGUCUACAACACUAUCGCUUAUGCUUACCCCGAAUCUUCUAUUCUUGAUCGGGUGGUUUUCGGCUGCAAUCUUGGAGCGGCGACGAUAACGAUGACCCUAAGUGCGUUGUACCACACUCUGAUGAACCAUUCAUCUCUCUCCAAUUUGAUGCUCCGAAUCGAUUACGUUGGGAUCUUGACUCUGAUACUCGGGAGCUUCUUCUCUGGAAUCUAUGUUGGCUUUUAUUGCGAACCUAUUCUCCAAUAUACCUACUGGACAAUGAUAAUUAGCCUGAGCAUCACCACUUCAACACUGGUCCUGCAUCCGAGACUCCAAGGCCUCAAAUACCGUGUUCUUCGGACUUGGGCAUUUAUUGCAACUGCACUGUCAGGGUUUGCACCCAUUAUACAUGGCAUUUUCCUAUAUGGAUGGAAGCAGAUGUGGAUUCGCUCCGGCAUGCCCUACUAUUUCCUUGAAGGCAUCGUUUACGGCAUGGGAGCUUUCUUCUUCGUCACCCGCAUUCCAGAGUCUAUAUGGCCUGGGAAAUUUGAUAUCUGGUUUGCUUCGCACCAGAUAUUUCACGUUUUUGUUGUCCUCGCAAGCUCCGUUCACCUCUACGGAGUCUGGGUCGCCUAUAGCUGGAAUUACGAGCAUCAGCGGACUUGUACAACGAAGAUUUGA